AUGGAAAUAAGGGAAAACGCUGAAAUCAUUAAAUCCAAGCUAUUAAAUAUAGGAUUUGAUGAAUGAAAAAUAGACUUAACAUUGCAAUUUGCAAAUUCUUAUGAAGAAGCUCUUAAUUAUAUUCUUGAUGCAGACUGAGACAAUAUUAAUUUCGUUUCUACAAAUAUUUCAGAGACAAGACAAAAUGAGAUGCAAACAGACUAUGGGAAUUCUGCAACUAUUUCUAGUAGAGCAACUGUAAAUGAGGCACACAGAAAAUCAGGAAAUAUAAUAAAAGAGGAAUUAAUAAAACAAAAAAGGAGAUUUCAUCAAGCAGCACAAAAUUUAGGCAUCAGUGAAGCCACAUUUAAAGCAAAAAUUGAGAGUGUAGAGACUUUAGAAGAAUUGGAUAAAGCUGUUUUUGAGUUCAUAAAUCAGUGCAAGCUUAAAGAUAAAAUAUAUACAUAUGCUUUGGAAAUUGGUCUCAGUCAUAAAACAGCAAAAUGAGCAUCAGUAUUUUUUGACAAUUUAGAAAAUGCUAUGGAAUAUUUAAAUGAAUUAUGAGUAGACGAAAAAAAAUGUAAAGAGAAAAAUCAAAUCUAUUCCCAAGCACCAAAAAAUGAGUCCAAUAUUCCAUUUUUGUCAAGAGAAGAAGAGAAUAAGCUUAUCACUCCUGUUAAUUGAGCUGAUGAUGAAGCAGAUAUUAAUGGAGAUGAUGAAGAUUUUGAUGAGUAUCCCCGAAAAAUCUACAAAAUGUUUAGAGAUAUUGGCAUUGAAGAAGAAAAAUCUAGAGAAAUGCUAAGAGAAUGCACAAAUAUGAAAGAAGCUAAAGAAAUGGCAGAUGAAUAUACAAGAUUUAAAAAACAUAUGCCUUUUUUCUGUAUUUUUUUUUGAAAUUGAUAG